AUGAAAACACCAACCCCUUCAGCCUAUGAAGUUCCCUCGUCUCCCAAUAUCAAUAAUAAUCCACAUCUAACUCCAGUAAACCAAAACCAAUCUGAUCUGUCAGAUCUGGUGGCUCCCGAGGUCAAACCAGAGGUCAUGCCUCCACAACCCCCCGUCCUGCAUUCUCAAAGACAUUCUAUUGCCUCUCAAGAGAACCAGCAACCACCACAGCCACCACAGCCACCAUUACCACAACAACAACAGCAACGGCAACAGGCACUGCAUUUUCAACAACUGCAAGUUUUCGACCACACGGGACAACAGCAACAACAACAACAACAACAACAACAGCAGCAGCAGCAGCGGGCCAUGUCUGAUGAAGAACAACAGCUAGCCACCAAAUUGAAGGAAACGUACAAAAACAUUGUCAAUUAUGAAGAACUCGUUCAAAAAAACUGCAUAGAAAUCACAAUCAAGAUCAAUCAAAUCACUACUAAUUCGAACCCAAGUUUAGUCUACGGAUCUCAAAUCGUCAACCAAAACAUAUCUAGCUCCCUUAAUUCAAACUCGUCAUUGGCGUCGAGCUCCACUAGGACUUCCGAGUUGCUGAACGACUUGUGGACAGUAUAUCACCACAAUAUCAACUUGUUGGACAAUUACUAUGAUUUCUUGGUGACUUCACUAAAGCCGUCGUCGAAUCAAACACAGUUCAAAACGGGGAAAAACAUUGUAGAGUUGUACAAGAUCCCCCGCAGAAUGUGGGUUUACGGAAUAGUGGGAUUCCUAGAAGUUUUGAAAAACAUCAUGGGCAUUUUCCAAGAUCACGAGAUCUGCUCGUGUUUCAUAUCGCAUUGCUUCAACAUCAUUUCCAAUCUAACAGAUCCCAUCUUGGAGAUGGAAGGAUGGUGGGCCGAGAAAUUGGGAGACUUGUCCCGAAUGGCCAUUGCCUUGUACUCGUCCAAAUCGAUCGACUGGAAAGUCAGCGCUGAAUAUUGGUACUCGGUCGCCAUGAAGACACUUUACGGACACGGCAAGAUUUACUACCACAUGUGCACAGUACAGCAGGACAAUCUAGACGCCCUCGUCAACAUCAGCAAAUCUGUCACUUGCCGUGAUCCGUUUGUGCCCACGCAACACUACUUGAGACUUGUGGUUGAAAACAUUUGCACACAAAGAAACAUUUUAUCAUUACUAGAAUUGCCAAUUAUAGACUUCAUCAAGAUUCAUAAAGUUUUACUAAGCAUUUAUAAUGGGCGAAACAGCGAAGGCGGCUCGGUGGAGAAUAUCCAUGACUCCCAGUUACAAUACGGCAUGGACUUGGUCACCAGGUAUGGCUUGACGUUUGGAUCAGACUCAAACGGGUACAAUUUCUUUACAAGGGAGAUGUACUCCACGGGCGGAAACAUGUCGUCCCCGGAGACAAGUAAUCCUUAUUAUCACAAGCUUCCCCAACAUCUCGCGCACGCGUCGGGCAUGAGCGGCGGUCCGAUACAGCCACCCAGCGCUACAAACACAUUGGAAAAGAUGAACUUUUGGUUCAACAAGGGCUCGCUCUUUGCCAUUUCCAACAUUAAUCAUUUGAUUGGCUUUGGCGAUGCCAAGAACCCAUUUGCCAAGUUGUUUGAAUUGCCAGAGGCAUUGAAGGAGAGAAAAGACAAGAAGGAUCGAAAGCGGAAGACAAGGAGCGUUUCGCAAACAGAGGAGGUGAUGCUUUCAAACAUGGGAACAACUAGCGGCAUCGACGGGCAGUCCGUAGUUGCUGCCCACAUGCAUAACUAUGAUUGGUUUCACAGUUUACAAUACAUCAACAAGUCCGUGUUGGAGUUGUCGAUGCGGAUCCUCAACCAUUAUUUGAUUGGUCCAAAGCAAGCCUCGACCUCGCACGUUAUUGUGUGGCUUUAUUUUUUGGUGAGUGUUGGUGAGGCAACAAAGAAAUACGCGGUUGCCCAGCCAAUGUUCCACUGGCUAUUCAAAACCUUGUUUCCAUGGGAAUCGCUCAUUAAUUACCUCAACUCGCUCUUGGCGUUUGUGAAAAACAGUCCUCGCUUAUGUGCAUUGUACACUCAGUAUUUGCAAUUGCCCUACAUCUUGUGGUUUUGCGAAAACGAGUUCUUGCCCGAGGUUUGGAAAUGCUGGGGCACCUUGUGGUUUGAUUUCAUCAAUGAAAAAGGUGACUACAUUGACUUGGAUGACGCCGGGGUGAAGAAUAACAAUUUGUUUGAUUUGCCCAUCUGCGGCACGUACCCAGUGGUGAAUAUGCCAUCGGACAAUUACGACGAAAAAUCAAAGAAUAAGUUGGAGUCCGAUAAUGACGAAAGAAUUAUCCGUAUCAUUUUGUUGGCUAGAACGAUUACCGAUGAUUACGAGUUUGGCUUGGUUCGCACCAGCACCGAGUUCAAGUUUGACGAACAGGUUUAUUUAAAGACGGUGAAUGAGUCGUUUGCAGAAGAGUUUGUCUCCGAUGUGAGGUUUUCGCAGAAUAACUUUAUUCAGUCCAUAUCGUUGGAAAACUUGACCAUGGAAACCAACAAUGCGUUAACGUCGUUGCAAAAGGACGAAUUGUGGUUUGGCGGACUAGAUAGCCAUCUUUAUGAAGACGAAAACGUGGAGUUGGAGGACGAUAUAAUCGACGAUGAGGAUGAAGGCGAGGGUGAGGGCGAAGGCGAUGACGAUGACAAUAUUCACUAUGAUGACGAGUACGAUAGCCUUUCGCAACACCAGCAGCUUCACUCUCAUAAUCCUCAUCAUUCCCAUCCUCAUCAACAGCAACAACAACAACACUACGGAAGAGGCAGUAACGGAGGCGUACCAGAUUUUUACAACGACAGCUUCAUCGGCACUCCCACGGAUCCGUUGGCGUUGGGCAGCUUGAACAACGACGACAUUGAAGGCAAUUUCGGCGACAAGAUCGAUAGCAAUAUCACGCAUAUAACGCUAGACACCAACAUCUGGUUGAAGCAUUGCGGACGGAUCUACAAGUGUGUCAGGAGCGGCGUGUUGAAAAUCACCAUUCCCUUGAUUGUUUUCCAAGAAUUGAGAGCAUUGCGCAAGUCAGCCGAGGCCACGAUUGCCGACGCGGCAACCAGAUCGGUUAUUAUCAUACGCGAGCUCUACCUUACGAGGGAGAUUAUACCUUUGCGAUUCGACGGCACUGUGGCUCUGGACAUCAACGAAACCAUUGAGUUUGAAAACAAUUCCAACUGGAGAUCCAACGUGGAUGAGACCAUUUUGCACGCGGUCAACGAGUACGAUGACUUGGGCAAGAGGACAAUGAAAGGUCUCAAUCUCAAGCUUUCGCCGUUUUCGAAAUCCUAUGGCGCGUUUGCCUCGUCGUCGCGUCUUAUUGAUGACGACCCUUAUGACCGCCAAAACUCGCAUUACAUGCAAUUGAGCAAAAACGACGGUGCGGGAUCAUACGAGCCGUCUGUUCUCAAUUCGCGAAUGGCAAAGCUAUUCAAGUAUUGUGUGUUGAUCACCGAUGAUCGCAACAUGAGAUUGAGAGCAAAGACAAUUGGUUUGACGUCAUUUCAAAGUAAAUGGUUAUUCAGUCAACUAGAAACGGUAUUUUCUGAUAGAUGUAUAGACUGA